AUGCCCCCCAGAGCUGAUCCUAACGCAGAGAUAGUUCUGUAUUUGCGCGUCAAGGGCGGGAUAAUCCCCGCGCCAAAUGCCCUUGGUCCAAAGAUCGGGCCCUACGGUCUUCCGCCCAAAGUUGUUGGUGAGAAGAUCCACGAGGCUACACAAGGCUACAAGGGGAUCCGCGUGAAAGUCCGCAUCGUCUCAAAGAACAGACAGCCGACAGUCUCUGUUGUGCCCACAGCCUCCUCGCUUCUUGUCAAGGCUCUGGGCGAGGGUCCUCGCACGAUUCCCAAGGGUCAGCCCCUUCUGCACACAGGCACAGUGAAGUUCGACACGGUCCUAGACAUCGCAAAGGAGCUCCGCGCUAACUCCUUCGCUCUGAAGUACGCCGGCACGGUCCUCGAGGUCCUGGGUUCUGCCCGCUCCGUUGGCUGCAAGGUGGAGUACAAGGGCACUGUAUAUUCUCCCGCUGAGAUCACGGAGAUGGUGAAGGCCGGGGACAUAGAGAUCCCAGAAUAUAAUGUACCCUACCAGCUUGCUGAGGAGCAAGAGACAGAGUAA